GUGUAGGCGUUGCUCUCUGUGGUUACGUCCAGUUCCCGUCCGCUGUUCGUGGCUUGUGCGCGGGCUGGCGGGGCGAGAGGACGACCGCCGAGGAGCGCGCGGGUCCGGGAACGUGUCCUCGGUAGUCUUAGUCCCGCUCAAUGCUUCGGCCCCCGCCCGGACACUGACGGCGCCCGGGCUCGUGCUCGGCGCGCCCCGGGGGUCGUAGUGCAGCCGCGCCUGGCUCCCGGAGCGACGGGAGCGCGAGGCGUCAAUGGAUCGCCACUCCAGCUACUUCUUCAUCUGGCUGCAGCUGGAGCUCUGCGCCAUGGCUGUGCUGCUCACCAAAGGAGAGAUCAGAUGCUACUGUGAUGCUGCUCACUGUGUGGCAACAGGUUACAUGUGUAAGUCUGAGCUUAGUGCCUGCUUCUCCAGACUUCUCGAUCCUCAGAACACCAAUUCUCCACUCACCCACGGCUGCCUGGACUCACUUGCAAGCACGGCAGACAUCUGCCGAGCCAAACAGGCCCAAAACCACUCUGGCCCUGCCAUGCCCACUUUGGAAUGCUGUCACGAAGACAUGUGCAAUUAUCGAGGACUGCAUGACGUCCUCUCUCCUUCCAAGAGCGAAGCCUCAGGACAAGGAAACCGGUAUCAGCAUGACAGCAGCAGAAACCUCAUCACUAAGAUGCAGGAGCUGACUUCCUCCAAAGAACUGUGGUUCCGCGCAGCUGUGAUAGCGGUUCCCAUUGCUGGCGGACUGAUCUUGGUGCUGCUCAUUAUGUUGGCCUUGCGAAUGCUUCGAAGUGAGAACAAGAGGCUGCAGGAUGAGCGGCAGCAGAUGCUGUCCCGUCUGCACUACAGCUUUCACGGACACCAUUCCAAGAAGGGGCAAGUUGCAAAGUUGGACUUGGAGUGCAUGGUGCCUGUCAGUGGGCAGGAGAACUGCUGUCUGACCUGUGACAAAAUGCGGCAAGCAGAGCUCAGUAAUGAGAAGAUCCUCUCCCUUGUGCACUGGGGCAUGUACAGUGGUCAUGGAAAGCUGGAAUUCAUAUGACAGUCAUGUCUGAACUAUAAAUGGAACCCUUGAAGGCCUUCUGAGUUCUGCUGACAGGAGCACUUUUAUCUGGAGACAACUAACUCGCUUAGUCAUCUUGGAGAAACAAAAUGACCUCUGAAAAGAGAAUCUUGGGUAUUUCUUCUGAAGGAUUAUUUGCACAGAUUCUACAGUCAAAUGGAUUAAUUUGCUUUAAAGUUAUAAAAAGCAAAGAGAGGACUCUGCACACUUUCCCAGGGUUCUUUGUGUCCUAGGGAGCUGCAGCUGACUGAAGUAAAAACACUGUGCUCUCUGUAAGCUCCUACAUCCUCAUUUAUUGUAAAGAUUUUUUAAAAUAUAUAUAUUUUUGUCCGAAAAUUUAGUGGUGUCUUUCAUGAAUUAAAACUUCAGACGGGUGUGGGGAGGCUGGUGGUGGUGCAGUGCAGUGGUAAGAUGCUUGCUUGUCUGGUGUGCGUGAGGCCCUGGCUGUGAUUUCUCCAGCACCACAGAAAGCCAAUCAGUCAAAAAACAUUUGAUUUGGAAGUGUAUGAGAGUACAUGUUAAUUAUAUGAAUGAAAAUCCGUUUACUCAUACUUCUCAAAUGUAGGUUUUGAUCUUGUUCAUUCUUACACAAACGUAUAAUUAAUUAUCUUUGUGUAAUGACCAUUGUCGAGUGUCUCACUUACAGUUGUUUUCCAGAAUGGUUCUGGUUUUAGUUUUCAUGUAAGAACUUUGCUUGUUUGUGCUAAAAGUUGUGCAUGCUAAGUGCACAGUCUCUACCACUAAGCUACUCCCCAAGCUCUAGGAAUUCCUCACUCACUUGUGCCAGACCACAUAGGACAUGAGUGUCUGAAGUUGCCGUGACAAAAGGAGUGUUUUAUCAGCUUCAUCCGCUUUCUCUGCAACGACUGUGACUAUGUCCACCUCCCCCAGCUCAAGAAUGUCCUUAGUAAAGGUAACUACUAUCUACUGUGACAGUUUAUUUUGUCUCCAACCAAAUUAAAUAUUUCGUCUCCAAAACUAGCCAAACUUUGUUAAGCAAUGCUCCUGGUCUUUAAACAUUUUUAUACUUAAAGAGUAUCUGUUUCUAAAUAUCUUUUUAGUCCUUAAGAAGGCUUUCAGUAGUGAUUGUCAUUAAAUUGACAUUUUAAUAACACAACUAUUAGGUUUCCUCUUCAAAAUGUCCCUUAAUAUAACCAAAUAGAAUAUGACAGAACAUGAAGGUAACAUUUUGUCUCCUCUACAACUUUCUUUACCUUGUUUAUGGACCUUUCCCUCAAAUGGAUCUUUGUUAUGUUAAAUAUGAGAAUUUCUUUUAUGUACCUGAUUUUUUUUUUUUUAACUUGAACCUGUAGCCUGCAUAUUUGAAGAUGAGAUUUGCCUGUAUCUUUGCAUACUUUCACUAGGGUACUAAACAUAAUUUGAAGUUCCUUAAGAGCAGUGCCACCUGUGUGGACUAAUGAGCUGAAGUGACUAGCAGGGAAAUGAGCACCUAGAUUUUUUUUUUUCCCUCUCAGGAUAUGGUCUCACUAGGUAUUUGGCUGUGCUGUAAGUCAUUGUGGAGACCAGGCUAGCCUCCUUUAGGGGGCACUAAUCAGAUACCCUGCAUAUCAGAUAUUUGUAUUAUGAUUCAUAACAGCAAUUACAAUUAUGAAGUAGCAGUGAAAUGAUUUUAUGCUUGGGGUCAUCACAAAUGAGGAACUGUAUUUAAAGAGUUUCAGCAUUAGAAGGAUUGAGAGCCCUGCUUUAAAAGUGUCACUCUACAUUCUCUAGUGCUGUGGAGGCACAGUCUCCUCUAUCUGCUCCUUAUUUGCGAAUUUCAGGUCACUUUGAAUUAGCAUUUCAGCAGCUCAUUAGAAAAAAAACGAGGGAAGCCUUGAGUUUUGAAAGGCUGUAACAUCUGUGUGCACCACCCCGCAGGAAAGGCUUGGGUCUGCCCAGUGUGAAGGUCUCCUGCAAGCAGAAUGCAGGGUCUCCUGUGCUUCUGUGUUUGCCUGGCCUGUUUCCUGUUCUUUGUAGGCACUCACGAGUCUACUCCAACCUGUCCUGUGGGGUAGGGACUCAUAGUCCCUCUGACUUUCCUGGGUAUCCAGCUCUAGCUGUCUGAAAUGACACCCCUUUUCCUAAGAGCAAAUCCUGUGUUUAGCUUCAUCUUGACCUCUCCACAGCUUGCUCUGUUGUUGAAUGUAGGUUCUUCUGCAUUUUAGCUUACUGGCUUCCCUGUGAGGGCUGAACACUCACAGUAGGAGGCAGAGCUGUCCAUCUGCUUUGGUGAUCCAAGAGUGGUAUGAUGAUUCCUUCAUUAGUUCAUUUCUCUAUUAGGGGUUUGUGCAUAUAUUUUGAGGAGGCUAUGUAAGGCUCUACUACCCAGAACAGCCUUUGUUUAGCAAUGACAUAGAACACUCUCCCCCAAAGUAAUUUUCCUUUCUAAGUGGAAACUUGCUCAAACCAGACACAAAUGGAGCUAAGAUUGUCAUGAUGUUUCUGUAUCUAUACCCCGAAAGUCUUAGCCCUUUUGGAAGAGAUUGAUCCGAACCCGAUUUUGUCUUUUAUGUUUUUUCCUUCUUAUUUCAGAUGGCUUAGAGGCUUCCUAGAAAUUGACUGGUGUGUCUCUAAUUUCUGUUGAACUGAUUUUAUUAAAAACACUGCACCAUAGGGGGUUUGACCUUCUAAAAUACUAAACAUGUCUGCUUUAGAAAAUCACAAAGCUCUCCUCUGAAGUGCCCGUAAAUCUGGUUUCAAUAUGGGUUGAUUAUAGGCUGAAAGCUUGAAGGCAGGGGCAUCUAGCAUGGCAGAUGCAGAACUGCCCUUCUCAGGGCCAGGACAGCUUUUUCCCCUUAGAACGUCUAAUUGGUCCUCUUCUGUGCCUCUUAGCCUAAAUAACUUUAAACCUCCAGAGCUGUGUGAAUUUCAGCAAACUGGAAACAAAUUGAGUGUUUCAUUUUGUUGCCUGGAGAAUGGGAACAAUAAUAUAACUUAAGAUAAUUACAGUAAAAAAACUGAAUAUCAGGCCUGAGUUUAAUCUCUCAGAGGGAGUGGGCAGAUGCUGUAAUUCUGUUAAGAACUCAAAAGAAAAGGAGCACAUCUUUAAUCUUAGGACUUGGGAAGUAGAGGCAAGAGGAUCUCGGUGAGUUUGAGGCCAUCCUUGUCUACAUAGCAAGUUCCAGGACAGCCAGGGCUACACAGAGAUUCUGUCUCAAAACAAAACACCCCCCAAAGCCCCAAACAAAACAAAACAAAACACCCCAGGAAAAAACUUAAACAAACAAACAAACCAACCAAUCAAACUAACAACACAAAACAGUUACCUAAUACUUGUGAAGCCUUGGGUUCAAUCUCUAGGAUCAAGAGAAAAAGUUAAUGCUGGGCAAAUGCAGGCAAAUCUGUGACAGUUGAGUUCUAGGUCAGCUAAGGCUACAUAAUGAGUCCUUGUCUCUAAACAACAAAAAUCAAAACCAAAACAACCCCCCCCCCCCCGAUUUGGGGAUGAAUGACUGACUUAUAUGGUAGGUUGUUUUUAAUUGAUUUUGAAUUGUUUCAAAUUUGCAUAUUUGAGAUGGGCAGCUUUUCAGUAAACUGCUGGCUGGACUUAGCAAUGUAGUACUCAUGUGCUGUUUCUGUGUAUGCUUUUCUCACACAUACUGAAUACUUAGGUUUAUAAUUGUUUCCUUUGGGGAUAACUGUAGGGUCACUGGAAGAAUGUUAAUCUCCUGUAUCUGUUUCCUUCCUGAGUUCUCUUAGAGUUCCAGAUACACUGGUGAGACUCGGUGAGGGGCAGAUCAUAUCUCAGCCGCCCUUGGAGGCUGGAUUCAUUCUACACAGUCACCACCAUCAGUUAAAACAUGCCUAUAGGUGCUUCCAGUAAAGUGCAAGUCGUUGCUGUACUGCCUUCUGGAAUUUUACCACAGAGUUGGGGUUUUGUAAGUGAAGAACUAUUUAAUUUCUUUGGAAAAGGUCAUUUGUUUGAUUUGUCAUUUUUUGGACCAUUGUUAUAAUUGAAGAAUUAAAUGCUGUGCUGCCAGUUC